UUCCGGGUCAGCGGGCGAAGAUGGCUGUGGCCAGGUGUUGGAAGCUGGCGCCCCGCGGCCGGGGAUUGUCGCAGCAUGCCCCCGCUCAGGCCGCCGAGGCGAGCGUCCCGGAGGAGGCCGUGGCGACGCCCGCCGCGCGGUACCCGCCGGUCGUGGCCUCCAUGACCGCCGACAGCAAGGCGGCGCGGCAGCGGCGGGUGCAGCGCUGGCAGGCGUCGGUGCACGCGGCCGCGGCCGCGGAGGAGAAGAUGCGGAUCCUCACCAAGAUGCAGUUCAAGAAGUACGUGGUGUACCCGCAGACCUUCGCGCUGCACGCCGACCGCUGGUACCAGGCCUUCACCAAGACCGUGUUCCUGUCGGGCCUGCCGCCCGCGCCGCCCCCGCCGCCCGCGCUCGACCUGGCUGGCCUGCGCGCCGCCCUGUGCGACUGCCUCUUACAGGAGCAUUUCUACCUGCGGCGCCGCAAGCGCCCGCCGCUCUUGGAGCGUCGCCAGGCCCUCGCCUCGCCCCUGCUGGACCAGAUGGUGGGGACUCUGGUGAGCCUGCUGGCUCCGCUCAACCCUGUCCUGACCACCGCCGCCCUCGAUUCUAAACGCCCUGUUGACUUUUACUGGCUGCGUGGUGAAGAACGCAUUCCUGCUGGUCAUCGGAAAGGUCAUAUUGAUGCCUUACGAUACCAAAUAAAUGACAAACCACACAAUCAGAUUCGGAUAUCUAAGCAGCUCCCUGAGUUUGUGCCAUUGGAUUACUCUAUUCCUGUAGAAAUCCCUGUUCUGAAGUGUAAACCAGACAAGCUUCCCUUAUUCAAACGGCAAUAUGAAAACAGCAUUUUCACUGGCUCAAGAACAACAGAUCCGUGCUGUUAUGGUCACACCCAGUUUCAUCUGUUGCCUGACAAAUUAAAUAGGGAAAGGCUGAUAAAACAAAACCAAGCUGAGCAGGUGGAGGUUGUUUAUAGAUCUAAUGCCAUUGCAAGUCUUUUUGCGUGGACCGGAGCACAAGCCAUGUACCAAGGGUUCUGGAGCGAAGCAGACGUUACUCGACCGUUUGUCUCCCAGGGCGUGAUCACAGACGGAAGAUAUUUUUCUUUUUUCUGCUACCAGUUAAAUACUUUGGCACUGACUGUACAAGCUGAUCAAAAUAACCCACGUAAAAAUAUAUGCUGGGGGACACAGAGUAAGCCUCUUUACGAGACAGUGGAGGGCAGUGAUGUGAAGGGCUUUGAUGAUGACGUCUUCAUGCAGAUAGUUCACUUUCUGCUAAAUAGACCAGAAGGAGACGGGGCCCAGCUGCUGGGAACCCGGGAGACAGUAGCUGGUCCGGGACCUGAGGCUGUCCAAGUGUCACAAGAGCAGCAGCAGUACUGUUGA